AUGUCUUAUUUCAAUAAUGAAGGAGGAAAAGGAGAAUUAUAUGAUUUAGAAUACGAAUUAAAAUCUAAUGAUUUUUAAGUAAAAUUAAAUGCUAUAAAAAAAGUAAUAGCAAAUAUGACAGUAGGAAAAGAUGUUUCAGCAUUAUUUUAACCAGUCAUAAAAUGCUUAGAAUAUCCAGACAUUAAAUUAAAAAAAUUAGUUUAUUUAUAUAUUAUUAACUAUUCCAGAGAAAAGCCUGAUGAUGCUAUUAUGGUAAUUAAUUUAUUUAGAAAAGAUAUGGAUAAUAAAGCAAAUCCUUUAUUAAGAGCUUUAGCUGUAAGAACUAUUGGAUGUUUAAGAGUACAUAAAUUAAAUGAAUAUUUAGUUGUCCCUUUAAAAAAUUCACUUAAUGAUCAAGAACCAUAUGUUAGAAAAACUGCUGCUUUAUGUGUACCUAAAGUAUAUGAAGUUUCACCUUAAAUUGUUGAAUAAGCUGGACUAAUUGAUAUGAUGUAAUGUUUAUUAUAAAAAGAAUCUAAUGGACUAGUUCUUGCUAAUCUAUUAAUUUCUUUAUAGGAAAUAUCAUUUUUAAAAAAAUAAUAAUUAGUUAUGAUUACUUCAGAAAAUUUAAUAAAAAUUCUAUUAGCAUUAAAUGAAUGUGUAGAAUGGGGAUAAAUAUUAAUACUAGAUUAAUUAGUAGAUUUUAAAGCAACAGAAGAAGAAGCAGAAAAAAUAAUAGAAAGAGUAUUGCCAAGAUUAAACCAUAUAAAUCCUGCUGUUGUAUUAAGUGCUAUAAAAGUAAUUGUAAAAUUUUUAGAUCAAAUUGAUAAUAUUUAAAUAGUAAAUGGAAUUUAAAAAAAAUUAACUCCACCUUUAAUUUCUUUAUUAACAUGGGAUAAACCAGAAGUAAAAUACAUAAUUUUGAAAGUUAUAAUCCAUAUUUUAUAAAAACGACCAUUAAUAUUAGAAAAUUAAUUAAAAUCAUUUUUUUGCUUUUACAAUGAGCCCUAUUACGUUAAGAAUGAAAAAUUAAGUAUUUUAGUAAAAAUAUGUAAUGAACAAAAUUUAGACAUUCUUCUAAACGAACUUUAAUGUUAUGUAACUGAACCGGAUACAGAAUUUGUGAAAAGAUCAAUUAUUGCAAUUGGAAAUAUCGCUAUAAAAUUUAAUAAGGCUUGUAAUAAGGCUUUUUAAAUUAUUAUUGAUAUAAUUAAAAACAUUCUUUUAAGCACUAAUAAAUCAGCAGGAAGUGAAUAUAUUUAGGAAAUUUUAAUUACUCUUUAAAAAGUUUUUAGAAAACAUAGAGUUAUUAAUAAUUAGAAUAAAAACGAUAUGGAAUUAAUUACUAAAAUAAUUCCUUAGGCUUUUGAUUAGAGCGCAAAGGCAGCAGCAGCUUGGAUUUUAGGUGAAUAUGCUGAAUAUAUUCCUAAUUCCUUAUAGAUUUUGGAAAAAAUGACCGGAAACUUUUUAUAAGAACAAAGAAAAGUAUAACUUGAUUUAUUAAGUACUGCUGUUAAGAUUUUUGUAAAAUAUCCUAAUGAAUGUAAAGAUCUUAUAAUUCAUGUUUUAUAAGUAGCGGCUGAAGAAACUGAUAAUUCGGAUGUAAGAGAUAGAGCUUAUAUGUAUUGGAGAAUGCUUUCAUAAAAUCCUUAAAAAACAAAAGAUACGGUCUUGUGUAGUAAACCGAAAAUUGAAGAAAAUAAAAUUAUAAAAGAUGUUGAUUUUUUAUAAAAAAUGAUUCAUACAAUUCCUUGUGUUAGUUCUAUUUUAUAAAAAGAUCCUGAACAAUUAUUUAAGCAUGAAAUAAUAAUUGAUAGAAAAAUAAAAACUAAGAACUUAAUAAUCAUUAUGAUAUAUAAUGUUGAUAAUUAAAAUAUAUAAUAAAUUACUUAAGCAUAACCUUAAUUUAAUUAAGAGUUUGAUAUGUUUGGCGAUCCUAUUAUAAAAAAUGAAACUUUUUCUUAAAUAUUUACAGAAAUUCCUACAGAAGAAGUUUUAAAAUUUGAUCAAAAAGGAACAUCUGGUUAAUCCGGUUUAAGAAUAUUAGCUAAUUUUAGCAGAGAAAAUGAUGAUAUAUAUAUAAAUAUAAUCUUACUUCUUUUCGUGUAAAAUUAUUGGUGA